AUGUCAAGUUUGAAAUAUUUAUGGCCACCGACAGCAUUUGUUUUAGGCAAUUCCAUGGGAUUUAACACAUCAUCGAAUGGAAAUGUAUUUAAUGCCACGAAUUCAUCAUCAUCCUCAUCCUCAUCCUCUUCAUCGUCAUCGUCUACAUCGUUUGAUGUAUCACAACAAUUUAUUAGUUCAAUGAAUUCAAUUACUUCCAAUGAAUUAAUCAAUCCUAUCAUUAAUUCACCAAUGAUGAUGACACAAGGAAUUGUGCAAAAUUUAAAUGAUUCACAUAAUUUAAAUCAAAUUGAUAGAUUUCAUCAAAUGAAUUCUUAUUCACCUGAUAAUCAUGAUAAUCAUAAUAAUGGUAAUCGAAACUUUACACAUAUACAUGAAUUUCCCGAUGAAAAACAACCUGUUCGAAUGGAUGAAUGUAAUUCUAUCAUACAAACUAAAAAUAUUACCACUACAACUACAACUGACAAUGAAACAUUGAAAUCUUCAUGGUCAUUUAUAGAAAAUAACAACAAUAAUAAUAAUAAACAGAUAGAUACAUGUUUUAUGCCAAUGACUUGUCAUCAUAAUUAUGAUGUUUCCAAAUGUCAAUGUGUUAAUGUAGUUGCUGCUGCAGCAGCUGCUAGUUAUGCACGUUCUUGUUUAUAUCAUGGUGUUGCUAUGGCUGCAGCAUCAUAUAACAACAACAAUAUUGAUAAUUGUACUAAAAGAACAACAUCAACAACACCAAAUUCACUGAAUACAUUGAAGAAUCAUUCCACAACUAUAUCCAAUAUGAAUUCAUUAUAUCCGAGAUCAUUUUUUGCUUCGACACCAACAUCUACUAUAACAACAACAACAACUACAACCACAGCCACAACACCAAGAACACCAACACCGACAUUACCAUCUUCAUUGCUACCAGCCUAUCAUUGUUCCAUUCAAAAUUCACGUGACUAUCAUAAUAACCAAUAUUCAUUGGCAUUUCCCGUGACACAACAACACAUGAAUUCCAUGUUUUUAUCACCAGCACCACUGGGACCACCACCGCUUACUUGUCAACAAUCAUCCAUGUUUGAUUUGAAUACAAUCCACUCGUAUCCUUACACAAACUAUCACCAGCAUAUUGGAAAUGCUAAUUCCAGUGUGGCGUUGGCUGCGGUAGCUGCACAAAAACAUGUACAAUAUUUUCAAGGUAUUUAUUCACGUGCUAAAUCAAAUAAAGCUAAAGGACAUGGUGGAAUCAAUCAACUUGGAGGUGUUUUUGUCAACGGGCGACCAUUGCCGAAUCAAAUCAGACAACAAAUAGUUCAACUGGCCAAUCAAAAUGUACGACCUUGUGAUAUUAGUAGACAAUUAAGAGUUUCACAUGGUUGUGUGAGUAAAAUUUUAGGACGUUAUUAUGAAACUGGAAGUAUACGACCUGGAGUGAUUGGUGGUUCAAAACCAAAAGUUGCCACUGCUUCAGUUGUUGAAGCGAUAUGCAAAUACAAAGAAGAUAAUCCUACUAUGUUUGCAUGGGAAAUACGUGAUCGUUUAUUAAAAGAUCAGAUAUGUACAAUUGAAAAUGUACCAUCUGUCUCGUCAAUUAAUCGUAUUGUACGAAAUAAAGAUAAUCAAACAACAAUUGAACCACAUAAUGUAUUAUCUAGAAAACGUGGACAUCGUCAAAUUCAUAAUACUUCACCAACAAGUAAAACUCAUUUAAGUCAUGAUUCAAAUUGUCAUGAUUCACCCGCCACAACACCUUUAAGUCUUCAAACAAAUUCUUCACCGAAAUCGAUUAAACUCUCUGAUUUUGGACAAGAAAACUAUUUAAAUCAUAGUCCAACAAUCUUCUCAAUAGUUGGAGGCAGAUCAACAUCAACAGGAACUCUGGCAACAACUACAACCGCAACAAAAUCCAAUACAUCAUCUCAUUCAAUGAAAUCAUCCUUUAAGCAAUUAAUGUUCACAGAUAAAAGAACUUCGAAUUUUUUAAAUUCCAAUAUAAAACGUCUUCACAAUUCUCCUCCUCCAUUAUUCACUGGUUCAAUAACUGAAAGUAUAUACGACAAUAAUAAUUACCCCGAAGUAUCUUAUUCAUUUCCUAAUGAAGACAGUAUUAAUAAUACCAUUAAUUCUUUACAAUAUUCACAGUUUACACCAUAUUUUAACAGAAAUUAUGGAGAAACUAUUGAACACUUAAAUCAGGCGGUAAAUUCAAACUUAUCAAACGUUAUGUCAUCAGAUAGUUGUGAUCCUUUAAAAAAUCAACUCAGUAAUUUCAAUUUUAGACUUGUUGAAGGAAAACACAAUGAUGAAAGAGUAGAUGAAUUGGAAAAAAAGAAUUAUUUAACAAAUUUUAAUAAAACUAUCAUAACUACUGAUAAUAAAGAUAUGACAUUCCCAAAAAUUAUGCACACAUUACCAAAUGAUAUAUCUAAUAAAUUAAGUAGGAAUUUCAUUAAUGAUGAAAAAUUAUUACAUAAUCAUCCUGUAAAUGAUGAUUAUUUGCAACAUCCCACGUGUAAUCGAUUUCCGCCAGUAGAUAAUGAUUUAUCAGUAAUCAGGAAUUCACAUUUAUAUCCUUCCUUACGUAAUAUACAUAAUACUGAUGAUUAUAAUAAUAGUAGUAGCAAUGAUAAUAAUAAUAAUAAUGAUAGUAUCACAAAUUAUUUAUUACAGAAAUCUGUAAGUAAACAACCUUUAUCAACAAAUAUCAAUACAUUAAGUGAUUUUUCAUGUUUCAAUAAUGGUUCAAAUCAUAUUAGUUUAUCAACUGAUUAUAGUAUCACUGGAUUAUUAGGUUUAACAAUGGCGGCAUCAAAUGGUUUUAAUACACUAUAUGAAAAUGGCUACACAUUUGGCGGGAAGAAUAAGAAUUUAAAUUUGCUGAUUAAUGAUACACUUGAAAGCUUUCAUUUGCAACAACAACAACAACAACUGGAACAAUAUGAACGUGAUCAACAUGAUCGUUUAAAUUUGGAUUUUACAAAUCAACCAAUACCAUCAUCUGUUUCUCAUUUUCAUGGUUAUAAUUAUACACAUGAAUUAGAGAAACACUUGAAUUAUGAACAACAGCAACAACAUCAACAAAAUAAUCAGAAUUUUUUAUCUUAUAAUGUAUCACAUAAUUUAAAUGUAAAUGAUAAUAGUAAUAGUAAUAAUAAUCAAGAUGGCGAUAAAAUUAAUGGAAAUAAUCAAUUGAAUAAUAGUAUGGUGGAAUAUUCAACAUUGAAACCAGAAAUUUUCAAAAAUUCUAAUGAAUUGAUAACUGAUCAUCAUCAUCAUCAUAAUACUUCUUAUAUGAAUGAAAUUGUUGAGACAUUAUCACUACCAACAUCCAUGUCGUCAUCAUCAAUAUCCCCAUUGUCUUCGACCUCUACAACAACACCAACACCAACAACAACAAUGAUGAUGAAGAAGAAAUCCAGUACAAUAAUGACAGAAAUAGUAUCACAACAACCACAAUCAGUUACAACAUCAUCUUCAUUGAAAUUGGUUUCAGGUACACCAAUGCAUAAGCAUAAGUCAAUAGAAAAAGAACACUUUCUUAUGCAUCGUAAAAGUAGAUUACAGAAUUUCGAAACAAAAUGUACAGUAACAAAUACUUCUUCCUUAAUACCAUCCACAAAUGAUCAUCAUGAUUCAUUGACAAUAAUCAAAAAUUCCAUUGAAUAUAUAGACAAUUUUAUGAUCAAUGAUAAUAAAAAUGAACCGCCACACUUAUCACCAUCAUUGUCAUCUUCAUCAUCUUCAUCAUUCUCCACAUUUAACAAUAAUGAUUCAGGUAUUUCGUUUAUUCUACCAGCAAAUUCAAAUCUUCCAAAUAAAUACUUAAAUCGAUUAGCAAACAAAACUUCUACCAUAAAUGAUUCUUUAAUUUGUAUGGAUUCAACAUUAGAUAAUAAAUCUUCUCUGGCAGGCAUCAAUCAAAAUAUUGAUCGAAUGAAAUUAUCAAAAUUCACUGGAUCUGAAUUAUUAGCAAAAGUUGCAUGUCCUGAUACCAGUACAACAUAUGAUCAUGUUGAACAAGAUUGUCCAUUGAACAAUGAUGAACCGAUCUUUAGUAAAGAUGGAUUUAAGUCAAACAAUGAUUUAUCUAAAACAUACAUGUCAUGUUUUAUACCUUACACUUCUACUUGUUCUUCUUCAUCUUCUUCUUCCUCUUCCCUUUCUCCUUCUUUUCAAUCGUCACAUUUAACGACAAAUCUACCAGAAGCUAAUACAGAUAUUGUGAAUUUCCCAUUGUAUUUAAUGACUGACAAAGUAAACAAUUCAUACUAUACACAAACAUAUACUAAUUUAGAUUUGAAUGAAACAGAUUAUAUAACAACGGAAUUUUUCUCUAGAUCAUUAACAGAUAGAAUUCAUAUGAAUCGAAAUGAUAUGAAUGAUGAAGACAACGCUUCAAAUCAUAUUUCAUCAAAUCAAUGUAGACAUACACCAGAAUUCCCAACACAAUAUUCUUUAAUCUGA